GUGACGUAAAUUAUUGGCGCCUGAGACGAGUGUUAGGCAAAAUUAAAAACGAAAACACGGAGAGUCUUUUGUUCUUUUAUAUUUCUACAAAACAGAGCAAAAUGCCCAAAGUAAAGAGAAGUCGGAAGCCUCCUCCGGACGGCUGGGAGCUCAUCGAGCCCACGUUGGACGAGCUGGAUCAGAAAAUGAGAGAAGCUGAAACAGAGCCUCACGAGGGGAAGCGAAAGGUAGAGUCGCUUUGGCCGAUUUUCAGGCUGCAUCAUCAGCGGAGUAGAUACAUCUACGACCUCUUCUACAAAAGGAAAGCCAUCAGCAGAGGUACACAGAGUUUAAUCUCUACCUGUUGAACCCCUAUAUGUCUA